AUGAAUCUCCUCGAUCCCUACCUGAAGAUGACGGAGGAACAAGACAAGUGUCUCUCUGACGCCCCGAGCCCGAGCAUGUCCGAGGACUCCGCGGGCUCCCCGUGCCCGUCGGGUUCGGGCUCCGACACCGAGAACACCCGGCCGUCAGAAAACGGGCUGCUCAGGGCGGACGGCUCCCUGGUCGACUUCAAGAAGGACGAGGAAGAUAAGUUCCCCGCCUGCAUCCGCGAGGCCGUGUCCCAGGUGCUGAAAGGCUACGACUGGACCCUCGUUCCGAUGCCGGUGCGCGUAAACGGAUCUACUAAGAACAAGCCUCACGUGAAAAGACCGAUGAAUGCCUUCAUGGUGUGGGCUCAGGCUGCUCGGAGGAAGCUGGCGGAUCAGUACCCGCAUCUUCAUAACGCGGAGCUCAGCAAAACUCUGGGGAAACUUUGGAGGCUGCUGAACGAAGGGGAGAAACGUCCGUUUGUGGAGGAAGCUGAGAGGCUCCGGGUGCAGCAUAAGAAAGAUCACCCGGACUACAAGUACCAGCCGAGGCGGAGGAAGUCGGUGAAGAACGGACAGACGGACUCAGAAGACGGCAGCGAGCAGACGCACAUCUCCCCCAAUGCCAUCUUCAAGGCGCUGCAGCAGGCGGACUCCCCUGCAUCCAGCAUGGGAGAGGUGCACUCUCCUGGUGAACAUUCAGGCUCCCAGGGUCCUCCUACUCCCCCCACCACCCCAAAGACCGAUGUCAGCUCAGGCAAAAUGGACCUCAAGCGAGAGGUGGGCCUCCGCUCGCUGCCCGAAGGCCCCAGCGGGCACCGCCAGCUCAACAUCGACUUCCGCGACGUGGACAUCGGCGAGCUGAGCAGCGACGUCAUAUCUCACAUCGAGACCUUCGACGUCAACGAGUUCGACCAGUACCUCCCGCCCAACGGCCACCCGGGCUCCGUCGGCGGCGGCGCCACGCCGGUCGCCUACACCGGCAGCUACAGCAUCAGCAGCGGCGCCCCCGUCAGCCCGCAGGCCAGCGCCGCCUGGAUGGCCAAAAGCCAGAGCCAGCAGGGGCAGCAGCAGCAGCAGCACACCCUGACCACCCUGGGGGGCGGCGGCUCGGACGUGGCCCAGCACAGGACCCAGAUCAAGACGGAGCAGCUGAGCCCGAGCCACUACAGCGAGCAGCAGGGCUCCCCGCAGCACGCCACCUACAGCCCCUUCAACCUGCAGCACUACAACCCCUCCUCCUCCUCCGCCUCCUCUUCCUCUGCCUCCUCCCCCUCCCCCUACCCAGCCAUCUCCAGGGCGCAGCAGCAGUACGACUACCCCGACCACCAGGGGGGAGGCGGCUCCUACUACAGCCACGCGGGGGCGGGGCAGAGCUCGGGGCUCUACUCGACUUUCAGCUACAUGAGCGGCCCCGGCCAGAGGCCCAUGUACACGCCCAUCGCCGACAACGCGGGGGUGCCGUCCAUCCCGCAGAGCAGCCCGCAGCACUGGGACCAGGCCCCGGUUUACACCCAGCUCACCCGGCCCUGAGCCGCAACACAGACACGUUCAGCCACACUCAAAACAGAAACUCUUCACCGCAGGGUGAGUCCUCCCCCUCAAUCAGACACUUGAAUUCAAAGAAGAGGAGAGCUGGGACUUGUGGUUGGCUCACGCAGUGCCUUCGCUAU